CAGUCACCCACACACACACACACGCAGUCACCCACACAUACACACACGAGGACACGCACAGUCACACACACACACAGAAUGGAGAUGAGCAUCACAGGAUGAGCCAUAUCUGAUAUGUCCAUGCUUGACGCACACACACACACACACACACACCACUACUAGUAAUAGUGAGAGCCUGAGGGUAUGAAUACAGUUCGUAUUAAAAGUAGAGAUUCAUUUUUUAUGAACUCCACAUGAAGGAUCAGAAUGAGGAACAUGACAGCAGCCCAGAGAGGUCAUGAGAGGGUCAUUAGUAGUGAUGGGAGGAGACAGAUCCAUACAGUUACAUGUCUAGUUGGCUGUAGCUGCACCAAAACUACAGUAGGUUUCUUUCAUAGCGUAUUCUCCAUCUUUUUAAAUAGGGAGACAAUGUGUUUUCACUCUCUCUCUAUCACACCACGAGGCCCCCCGGUAAUAUCACACCACGAGGCCCCCCGGUAAUAUCACACCACGAGGCCCCCCGGUAAUAUCACACCACGAGGCCCCCGGUAAUAUCACACCACGAGGCCCCCCGGUAAUAUCACACCACGAGGUCCCCCGGUAAUAUCACACCACGAGGUCCACUGGUAAUAUCACACCACGAGGUCCCCUGGUAAUAUCACACCACGAGGUCCCCCGGUAAUAUCACACCACGAGGCCCCCCGGUAAUAUAUCACACCACGAGGCCCCCCGGUAAUAUCACACCACGAGGUCCCCCGGUAAUAUCACACCACGAGGCCCCCGGUAAUAUCACACCACGAGGCCCCCGGUAAUAUCACACCACGAGGCCCCCGGUAAUAUCACACCACGAGGUCCACUGGUAAUAUCCCACCACGAGGUCCCCUGGUAAUAUCACACCACGAGGUCCCCCGGUAAUAUCACACCACGAGGCCCCCCGGUAAUAUCACACCACGAGGCCCCCCGGUAAUAUCACACCACGAGGUCCCCCGGUAAUAUCACACCACGAGGCCCCCCGGUAAUAUCACACCACGAGGCCCCCCGGUAAUUCCCAGCCCUAGUCACGAUUGGGUCAAUAUACUUCUUCCUCUUUACUCUAAUUUCUACUCUGUUCACAUGAAGAACAGCUGACAUUCAGCCUAUUUGUGCCCUCGAUAUCAUCUGGAGUGUUUGAUAUCCUUACAAACAUGAAUAAACAUGCUGAAAAUUAUUCAUCCUGUUGAUCAAAUAAAUUCAUCUUUACAAAUUUCGAAGAGACGCUUGCACCCACACACACACCCACUCAGAAUAAAUGUAGGAGGGGUUUGCUUGCGGUGCAGGAAAUGAUAAGUGUGUGUCUGGGUACUGGCUGUGGCAGAAGCUGCACACUUCUGCCUAGUCGGCCGUAGCUGAUGCAAAGAAAAGAGACAUAUCUAAUACUUGUUGAGUUUCAUUCUCUGGCUGACCUGACACAUGGCUCUGGAGUCACACAGGGGACCAACGUCCCUCCUGAAACACCACUGACGACUGAGAGUUAAGAGCGCUUCCAUCUGAUUUACACUUCCUGUUACUAACCAUCAUGUCGUGGUCGGAGGGUGUGAACUCCACUGUGAACCUGGACUCCAACACCUCCUCCUCCCUGGUCUGCACCAACCUGUACGACCACCGCCCCGUCGCCCGCGUCCUCAUGUCUCUCCACUACAGCCUGGUCUUCACGCUCGGCCUCCUAGGUAACGCCCUGGCACUGCACGUCAUCAGACCCAACCUGGCCCAGAUCAACUCUACCACGCUCUACUCUGCCAACCUGGCCGCCUCCGACGUCCUCUUCACUCUGGCCCUGCCUCUGAGGAUUGCCUACUACGCCCUAGGUUUCCACUGGCCCCUGGGGGAGACCCUGUGUCGCGUCACCGCCCUUCUGUUCUACGUCAACACCUACGCAGGGGUCAAUUUCAUGACCUGCCUGGCCGUAGACCGCUUCGUAGCCGUGGUUCUCCCUCUGCGUUACACCAGGCUCUGCCGGGCCCGGACCAUCCGCUACGUCUGCGUAGGGGUGUGGGUUCUAGUCCUGGUCCAGACGUUACCCCUCCUCUCCGUGACCAUGACCCGGGCCGAGCCGGACGGAACCACCACCUGCAUGGAGUACCCCAACUUUGAGAACGGGGCCGUGGAGGGACUCCCCUACGUCCUCAUUGGAGCCGUCGUCAUGGGAUACGCCGUUCCCGUUGCAACCAUCCUGUGUUGCUACUUGGUGUUGCUUUGGAAGCUGCGGUUGGUGACGAGAAGUAGGGUCGGUGGGCGAGGUCACAGGUCAUUGAGGAGCCAGAAGGCGACGGGGGUGAUAGCAGGGGUAGUGCUGGUGUUUGUAGUGUGUUUCAGUCCCUAUCACAUCAACAUCCUGCAGUAUAUGAUCCGAAAGCUGAGAUACACACCAGACUGUACCGAGCUACAGGCCUUUCAGAUGUCUCUACACUUCACUGUGUGUCUCAUGAACUUCAACUGCUGCCUGGACCCCUUUGUCUACUUCUUUGCCUGUAAGGGUUACAAGAGGAGGGUGAUGAAGAUGUUGAGGGUUCAGGUCAGCGCCUCUUUCUCCAGCGUGGUCCGAACCGGGGAGGACACCCCCUUCAAACGGGGGGGGACCCGGGACGGGAGGAGCAGGCUGGGUAGCCACACAGCUUGUCCUGUUGCUUUAGAUGACGUUACCAAGACCAUUCCUGGGCCAGAGACCGAGACAGGAGAGCCGGAGACCGAGACAGGACCCAGAGCCCGAGACAGGACCCAGAGACCGAGACAGGACCCAGAGACCGAGACACCAACUACCCCUGAGACAGGAGCCACAUCCAACCAACUACCCCUGAGACAGAAGCCACAUCCAACCAACUACCCCUGAGACAGGAGCCACAUCCAACCAACUACCCCCGAGACAGGAGUCACAUCCAACCAACUACCCCCGAGACAGGAGUCACAUCCAACCAACUACCCCCGAUACAGGAGUCACAUCCCACCAACUAACCCUGAGACAGGAGCCACAUCCCACCAACUAACCCUGAGACAGGAGCCACAUCCCACCAACUACCCCUGAGACAGGAGCCACAUCCCACCAACUACCCCUGAGACAGGAGCCACAUCCAACCAACUACCCCUGAGACAG